GUACAGAGCCGAAUACCCUAUCCGGAGCAGAAUGUUGUCAGCACGAAGAUUCGUCCUCGGCCUAUUGGUCCUGUGUAUCGUUGGCUUUGGUGUAGCAACGGCAUCAUCGGCAGCAGCAUCAUCCCUGGAAGAUCGGCCUUUAGGUGGUGCGAGUAGCUCUGAUGAGGCCCAGUCAACUCUCCAUCAGGCAGAGAUGAGCCUCACAAAGCUCAUGGACUCAGCAUCGCCAGAUGCCCUCCACCGCCUGCUACACGCCUACUUCCCCGGCACCUUCAAGGAUGGGGUCUACGAGUCUGAUGGGUCGGCUAUCGAGGCACUUCACUCAAGUGAUGCUGCUCUGGCAACCUCACUUGUGGAGCUGGCAAAACGUCAAAACAGUUCGGCAACGGACUCUGGUGACUCGGGCGCUACAGUGACUGCUACGGAUGCAACCACAGUCACAAACACGGCCACUACCACCGCCGAUGCCACUACCAGCCCAACCACACAAGCUACUACAGAGGCUACGACCCAGGCGACCACGCAACCUACAACUCAAGCGACUACGCAACAGGAGACCACCACGGAGGCUCAGACAACACCAACAACUCAGGCUACCACCCAAAGGACUACGACACAGGGUACUACGCAAGUUGAGACGACUACUGCUCAAGGAACAACAACCGUACAACAGACUACCACAGCCCCGGGGACGACUGUACAGAACACUGUCACCAACACCAAGACCACAGGAAAUGCUCAAACGACUCGUACAUCUGCUGCUGAAACGACUGAAAACUCUCCUACUUCACAGGGCAACACUCCAACUACCUUGGCAACCACACAGUCGCCCGGCUCGACUGACCAGGCCACAACCACGCCACGACACUCUUCGUCGACGAGGACGUCAACGUUCACCUCGACUCUGGCCAACGGUGAUGUGCAGACUAUCACCUCUACUUCGGUGGUGGACGCAGCGCAGACCGCGGAGGCGACGUCGACUGGCGAGAGUGGAUCGCUGCAGACCGGCAAUCCGGCGUCAAGCAACAGAAACCCCGUCUUUGAGAUGGCCGUGGGUGCUGUCGUGGCCGGAUUCAUGCUGACAUAAGCGCAUGUCGUUGACUUACAGUGGCUGACGUGGAAAAGUUGAUAGAAUUUUCGGAACAUGUGGCGGAAGAAGUAAUAAACACUCGAGAGUGUAAUUUUUUGCAUAAUGGGCUUCGCAGCCCCGGCGUUUGUUUUGAGUCUGGAUCCUAGGCAUUGAUGCCAGCAUCUGCAUUAUAUGGGGCAUUUGAUGGCAUAUACACUCCUUUUUUAGCGUUAUCGGCAUACACACUCCUUACGAUACCAUGGGUAGCAUAGCGGGCAUACAUUAGACAGGGCAUCCGGUUUCAUGGGCACAGCCGGAGUUACGACACUAGAGAUACAUACAGCAACAGGGCGGUAAUACAAACAAACAUUUAGGUUAUCGACAGAUGACAACAAUCAAAAUCAGCACUAAUUUCGA